UUACGUCAUAUAAACACAUGUCAGAAAAGUCAAUUUGACGUUCGUGUAAAAACACUACUUAUCGCCACCAAAAUGUAGUUUUCCACAAUGAAUAACAACAACAAACAAAACAAAAAAGUUGAAGAAAUUAAGCAUAUAUUCCUUGGUUUGAACAGAGAAUUCAUAAAGUCUGGUUUCAGUACAAAAGAACUCCAAAAUGCUUGCCUACCCAAAUGUUCAAAACACACAAAUUCAGCUUUAUUUAUAGCAUUUUUAUUGCUGGCGUUGUUGUUGGCAACUUCUUACGAAUAUGGACUGUUUACAAGUGCCAUUAAUUAUUUCCUAGGAGUGCGGUGUAUAGUCCCAAACAAUUAUUUUGUUUGGGAAGCUACAAGACCAGUAUCUAACUGUAACUUUUGUAAAGAUGUUAAUGAACCUCUUGUGCUAAAGAAUGUAACGCGAGAAGAAUUCGCCCCAUAUGCUUACAGUUCAAGACCAAUCAUAAUAAAACAAGCUUUUCUUCAUUGGCCAGCAAUGAAGUAUUUUGAUUUCCAUUUUUUCAAAGAAUUGUACAACAGCAUAUCAGACUCUUACAAAAGUGUCGACGAAGAAUGCCAGUUUCUUCACUUUAAGUCAAAUUUUAUAUCAAUUCGUGAUGUUUUCGAAAUGAGUGAAGCAAGGGUCCAAAAUAAACCAGGUGAAAAAUCUUGGUAUGUAGGGUGGGGAAACUGCCAUCCACAAAUAUUAGCCGAAAUGAGAAAGUAUUAUCCCAAACCUCACUUUUUACCAGAAACUUGCGAAAUUCCAUCUAAAGAAUACGUUUUCAUGGGAUAUGAUGAUGGUGCCACAAUGCAUCUUGAUUUUAUUAAUAGACUGAUGUGGCAAGCUCAGUUGAAGGGAUCAAAAACCUGGCAUCUGAUUCCACCACCGGAAUGUGAAGAUUCUUGUUCACAAUUUUCAUUUUUGGUUGAACCUGGAGACGCAGUCUUGGUAGACACGAGAGUUUGGUAUCAUGGAACACAAAUCACUCGAGGACAAUUCAGCCUUUCUGUUCAGUCAGAAUAUGGGUAAUAGUUCCCCCCCCCUACAGUGGCAGCUAAAACAUAAAUUCUCGAAAAGUCUGAUUUGCAGUGCCAAUUUAGUCAAACUUCAACAUAAUGAAGUCCCAAUAAUUCUUCUCAUAUUAAUUUUUGCUAGUCUGGUUUUACCUAAUGUAUUUUGUUACCAUAUUUAUCCAUUAAUUUUAUUUCUAAUAAGUCACAAGUGGGUUGUAAGAAAUGACAAAAUUAAUUAAAUUAAUCUAUGUUUAUAUUAAUUGGUCUUGUUAACAGUGUAAAAAUCUGCAAUAGGUUUAGAUAAUUCGAUUGCGUUAUUUUUCAUUAUUGCUUUAAAAUUGCCCCAUUGUGAUAAUAUGUUUGAAUUUUAUGUUUCCAAAAUGAAAGAAUCUAAUAGGACUUCUUUCAUGAAUCUACUAAUAAAGUGCCAUUUAUUGUAAAUUGUCCGUAGUUUUAGCAAAACUUAGUCGUACACUUGAAUACUCUGUAGCCAAAGUUCUAUUAUAUCUAUGUUUUUAGAUUGCAGUCAUAAUUUAUCAUACCAAAUGAUGUUUUAAAUAAUUAUUGAACGCACUUAUUUAUUUUGAUCACCUUAUUGUUAUCGAUAAAUUUUUAAUAAAGAAAAUAAUGCUAAAUCC